CCCCCCGGGCGUGCAUGGCAGGCGGAGCCGGCGCCCCGAGACUGGGAUACGGAAAUCGGAGCCUAGCAGCGCGAGCGCAGUCUCUAGGCCAAGCGUGUUGUCGUGCUAUCCUCUCCUCUUAGAUUCACGCCGGAAGUGGAGGAAGAAAGUCUGCAGAUUUGAACCUACCUCCUUUCAAGCUGGUCAUCAUGAUGAAACUUAGACACAAAAAUAAGCCAGGUAAAAGCUCCAAAGGUUGCAAGAAGAAUGGGAAGAAAGCAGCCUCCAAGGUGGCCUUUGCUCCCCAGUUUGUUCACUCCAAUGAACAUGCCAACCGGGAGGCUGAAUUAAAGAAGAAGAGGGUUGAGGAGAUGAGGGAGAAGCAGCAGGCUGCCCGGGAGCAAGAGAGACAAAGACACAGGACCAUCGAGAGCUACUGUCAGGAUGUCCAGCAACGCCAGGAGGAGUUUGAGCGCAAGGAGGAAGUUUUGCAGGAAUUAAAUAUGUUUCCUCAGCUGGAUGAUGAGGCCACAAGGAAGGCUUAUUACAAGGAGUUCCGUAAAGUGGUGGAAUACUCUGAUGUGAUUCUUGAAGUCCUGGAUGCCAGGGACCCGUUGGGCUGUCGCUGCUUCCAAAUGGAGGAGGCUGUCCUGCAGGCAGAAGGCAACAAGAAGCUGGUCUUGGUCUUGAACAAGAUUGACCUCGUCCCCAAAGAGGUUGUAGAGAAGUGGCUGGAUUACCUUCAGAAUGAGCUGCCGACUGUGGCUUUCAAGGCCAGCACGCAGCAUCAGGUCAAAAACCUGAACCGUUGCAGUGUGCCAGUACAGCAGGCCUCUGAGUCACUGCUGAAAAGUAAAGCCUGCUUUGGAGCUGAAAAUCUCAUGAGGGUUCUGGGGAACUACUGCCGCCUCGGUGAAGUGCGCACCCAUAUCCGUGUGGGUGUUGUGGGCCUUCCCAAUGUUGGGAAGAGCAGCCUGAUCAAUAGCCUGAAGCGCAGCCGUGCGUGCAGUGUGGGAGCCGUUCCUGGGGUCACCAAGUUCAUGCAGGAGGUCUACCUGGACAAGUUCAUCAGGCUGCUGGAUGCACCAGGCAUUGUCCCAGGACCCAACUCGGAGGUCAGCACCAUCUUGCGCAACUGUGUCCAUGUGCAGAAGCUGGCAGACCCUGUGACCCCGGUGGAGACCAUCUUGCAACGCUGCAACCUGGAGGAGAUUUCCAACUAUUACGGCAUCUCUGGAUUCCAGACCACUGAGCACUUUCUGACUGCUGUGGCCCAGCGCUUGGGGAAGAAGAAGAAGGGAGGCAUAUACAAUCAGGAGGAUGCGGCUAAAGCAGUCCUGGCUGACUGGGUGAGUGGGAAGAUCAGCUUCUACACACUCCCACCUGCCACCCACACUCUGCCUGCCCAUCUCAGUGCCGAGAUCGUUAAGGAGAUGACUGAGGUCUUCGACAUUGAGGAUACUGAGCAGGCCAAUGAAGACACCAUAGAAUGCUUGGCCACAGGAGAAUCUGAUGAGCUGUUGGGUGACAUGGACCCGCUCGAAAUGGAUAUCAAGUGGCUCCAUUCUCCGAUGGUGAAAAUAGCAGAUGCUAUGGAAAAUAAAACCACCGUGUAUAAGAUUGGGGAACUCACUGGGUACUGCACCAAUCCAAACCGUCAUCAGAUGGGGUGGGCUAAGCGCAAUGUGGACUGCUAUCCCAGGAACGACUGCCCAGUGGACCGACGCCCAAUGCUGCAGAGGAUCAUGGAGACGGACCCCCUUCAGCAGGGCCAGGCUCUGGCAUCUGCCCUAAAGAAUAAGAAGAAGAUGCAGAAGCGUACAGAUAAACUCGCCACUAAGCUGUCUGAUUCCAUGAUGUCUGCCCUUGACCUGUCUGGCAAUGCUGAUGAUAGUGCUAGUGACUGAUCGACUGAUCAACUGAUCUCACCCCUUCCUUCCCUCCUCUCAAGCAACAGUUCCAGUGGGAUGGGGGAAUACAGAUGAAGUGAAAUGGUUUGCUUCUCCCUGAAGCACUUGCAUAUUAAAAGAACCCCUCCACCAUACCUCCCACCACCACUCUUUCCUCCAUUCUCCAGAGAAAGAGUCCCAAGCAGCUGGAACUGCCAACCCAAUGCCCUUUAUUUAGCUCCUACUCUGUUUACAAGAGAAAUAAAAUAAAUUAUCAACAGAU